UGCGACCCAGCAGGAAAGAUCCCCCUCUCAAUCUAUAACGCCGCCUCGGAUUACUUGGGUUCGCCUCUACCCGUUUCCGGUUCCGACAUGGACGACGACGACGAGUUCGGCGAGCUCUACACAGACGUCCUUCAAUCCGCCGCUGUGUCCGUCCCUACGUCACCUAUCUCCGCCUCGUCACCUAGCGGCCGUCCUGAUCCCCGCCUCCAUGCCGAGGAAACCGAUUCCGACGGCGGCGACGGGGAUGAGCCAUUGUUCGGCGCAUCUCGUGCUGAUCCUUCAGUAGAAUCCCCUUCGUCCUCGAAACGCGCUAUAGCGCCUGUCCUGGCAGCAGCGGAAGAGGAGGAGGAGGAUUGGAUGCCCGUCCGCGCAACCCCCGCCGUGGAUCCGCGAGAGAAUUGGGACUACGAAGACGACGAUCGAACUCCACCGUCUCGAUCGGCAGAGGUCGGAGCCCCCAGCGCGCCCAUGGAGGGUGAGCCUAGGGUUUUGGAGGAAGACGAAGAAGAAGCUAGGGUUUCGGGAAUUCAAGAAGGGAAUGAUGGAAUUGGCGGUGGUGGGAAGCUUAACGCUACGGAAGAGGAUGGAUUUUCGUUGUUCGGAGGAGGAAUAGGACAGGAUUCAGGAAAUCUUGAUCAAGCUCCCCACAUCCCUGGACUCUCAGCUGGUCCAGCUUCUUCUGGUCUUUUUGUUGGCAGCAACAGUGAGGAGCGGAAACCAUCACAAAGCGACGAUUGGGACAGUGACAGCGAAGAUGAUCUCCAGAUUGUGCUGAACGAUAGCAAUCAUGGACCUCUUGGGGCAGAGAGGCAUAAUAUGGUUGGGAUCGAUGAUGACGAUGGGGAAGAGGAUCUGGUAAUUGUCACCGAUGAGGACCAGCAGCAUCACCUCCCAAUUAUGGAGGAGCAAGAUUGGAGUGAAGAGGCUAUGCAGCCGGCAGGUGAUGGGGAGAGAAAGGAAAUGUCAGACGUAGCUAAAGUAACAGGUACUGCUGCAGCUGCACCAGGAGCAAGGAUAGGGUACAGCAAUCAUGGUUUUCAUUCACAGCAUCAUUCGAUGUUCAAGUAUGUAAGACCUGGUGCAACACCUUUACCUGGGGAUCCUGCAAGUGGCGUCCCAAGUGUUCCAAGUUCUGCUCGUACUCCUUUUGGCUCAGGUCCUAUUCCCGGUCAAGGAAGAGGUGAUUGGAGGCCUGCUUCUGGUAGGGGCUUUCCUGGUGCGCCUAAAAGCUACAACACAAGCUUUGGUUUUCCUGCUUGGGCUAAUAGUUCGGUCCGUGCCUCUGGCAUUGGAUUGGAUUUCACCUUGCCUUCACAUAAGACAGUUUUUGAUGUUGACAUUGAGAGUUUUGAGGAAAAACCAUGGAGAUACCCUGGGGUUGAUAUUUCUGACUUCUUCAAUUUCGGAUUGGAUGAAGACAAGUGGAAGGAUUAUUGCAAGCGGCUGGAUCAACUUCGUUUAGAAUCAACCAUGCAAAGUAAGAUUCGUGUGUACGAGAGUGGCCGAUCAGAGCAGGAAUAUGAUCCAGAUCUACCUCCUGAGUUGGCUGCAGCAGCAGGUCAUGACAUUUCUGCUGAUAAUGGGCAUGGAAAAUCAGACGGAGAAUCAAAUUUUACUAGUCAAGGAAGAGGACAGUUAGUUAUGAGGGCACCCUUACCGACUGGGAGAGCAAUACAAGUUGAGGGUGGUGGGAAUGGUGAGCGUCUUCCUUCUAUAGAUACCAGGCCACCUAGACCUCGUGAUUCAGAUGCAAUUAUAGAGAUUGUGCCGCAGGACUUGUUUGAUGAUCCAAGAAUGUACAACUGUGACCCAGAGCAACAAGAGAAGGGUGUUGCAAGAGAUGAAAGAAAUUCUAAUGAGGCUGAGAAGGAUAACGGAAACAUUGAAUCAGAAUAUACGAAUCACUUUUCUCGUGUUUCGGGUUGCUGCAACAAGGAAAUGACCAGCAGAGCCCUUCUCACAGAGGAAAAAGAUGAAUCAAUUGGCAAACAUCAUAAUUCGAAAACAAGAAUUCCUCCCUCUCGUAAUCAAGCAUUAGAGACGCAUUCUGCAGAAAGGUUGCAUCCAGAAUCCUCAUCUAGAAGGCACCUCAAUGCUCGUGAACAGUCUACUGAUAGCAUGCCUAGUCAAAGUGCCAACUCAGACAGGCAUAGUGAUCAGCAAAAGGAAACUUUGGCUGAUUGCACUGAGGUUAAGCAGUGUUCUGAAAAAUCUCCUGUAGUUGCCACUGAUACUGCUAGAGAGCUCAGUGUUGAAGAAAAAUCUAGCAAGCAGGAUGAAAGCAUCAUUGAAGAAAAAUCUAGCAAGCAGGAUGAAAAGCUUACUGUGGCUGAUAGCAUGGAGGUGGAGGACAUGACAUCAGAUUUACAUGUUUCUAGGGAGACUGGUGCUGAUGACAAUUUGGUUCUCCCAAGCAACAGGCAAAAGCUUAGCUCACAAGUUGAACAUCUGAUGGUGUAUGAUACAGGUUAUGAGGAUGGAUUGGAGACUAGUGACAAUAGCAAAGAGAAGUCUGGGAAUAGUAAGGAUUAUCAAAGACAGACAAAUGGUGAAGUCUUGCAUGAAGGACAUUCAAGUCAGACAGAUGACUCAAAAAGGCUUCGGAAGGAAGAUGAAUCCAAUUUCUGGCGAAAAGAUGAAUCUCAAGUAGACGGCCGACAAAAUAGAGUGAAAAAUCAUACUACUUCCAGAGGAAAGGAAAAUACAUCUAAUUCUCAUCAAAUUCAUCUUCGCGGUAGAAGUUAUGAGAGGAGAAAGGAAUCAGAAUCUUCUUCCAGUUCUUGGCAAAGAAGAGAGGAUAAUAUGCCUGGUAGGCAAACCAAAGAUGAAUUAGUGAGGGCAAACAAUGAUGAGAUGUUACCAAGGCACAAGAAUAAGCUAAAGGCAAUAGACAGAAACCGGAGAGAUGAAGAUCAUUCUAGAAAGCAUGUUGAUGGUGAAUGGAGAAGCCAUAAUAGAGAUGAAAGCUUGAGGCAUAGGGAGAGGGAUGAUCCGUUGAUUAGUCGUCGUGAGAACAAGGAUGAUCCUAUCAUGAAGAGAAAAAGAGAUGAAGAAUAUUUGAGAGGAAAAGCUGACAAACUAGAUGCUUUGCAAGGUCAUAGAACUAAGGAAGAUUCUGGAAGAAGGAAAAGAGAAAGGAACGAUCUACAUGACAAUAGGAGAGAGCUUGAAACUAGAAUGAGGGAUAAGACUGAGGAUCACUCAUCAUCGAAGCAUAAAGAUGAUAACUGGCGCCAAAAUAGGGAGAGAGAGGAUAGGCAACGAGUUAAAUCUCAUGAAAUUGCACUAACACAGAGGGAAAGUGAAGAAGGGCGGGGAACUGUAAGAAGUGGGCGAGUUGCUGAAAAUAAACCAUUGAGUGGUAAUGGUAGGAAUAGGGAUGACUCAAGAUCUAUUAGUUAUGAUAAGGAUUAUCAAGAGAAGGAAAGAAGGCGACACAAUGAGUUGUCUAGGAGAGAUCGUAGGGAAGAUAGCAUGUCUCAGAACAAAGGGCGUGGUGAUGCAUAUAUGAAUGAAAAACAUUCAAAUGCUGAUGAACGAAGCUCCAGACAUGAAAGGCUGAACCCGUAUGGCGACCGCCACCUUACUGCCGAUGGACAGCAAACCUACAGGGAAAGACAGAGAGAAAAUAUAAGCAAAACCAGAGAUGUUGAGGGUAAGCAGCAGAAUAAUCAGGUGCUUGGGAAGAGAAAACAUGAUGACCGCGCCCAAAAUGAGAAGGUCUACAAUAAAGAUUCAAAUAAGCAUGAGAGCAACAUCUCUUCCACAAUUGUCUCCAAAGCAGAUCCUCACCAAUGUCAUGAACCAUAUGAAAACUUCCAACAUACUAACUCUUCAAGGAAACAAGGGGAUGAUGAGCCUGCCUCAGAUGAUGAGAAUCAAAGUUCUAGAAGAGGGCGAUCAAAAUUGGAACGCUGGACCAGCAACAAAGAAAGGGACUAUGAUGCCAUCAAUAACACAGAAGCAUUGUCUUCUUUGAAGGACAUUGAAGGCAAUAUGGAUAAUAGAGUGCAAGCAGAUGCAAUGACCAAAAAUGAAGUUAACGACAUUACUAGCCAAUCAGAUGUUAAGGAUGAAGCUGGACAAGUUGUGGAUAAGACAAAUGAUGACCAGGAUCGCCAUCUUGAUACUGUGGCUAAGCUCAAGAAACGAAGUGAGCGCUUCAAGCUUCCUAUGCCAAGGGACAAGGAGAAUGGUUCAAACAGAAAAUUGGAUACUGAAGUGCAGUUAUCCAAUAAUGAGGCUAGUGUUGAUUCAGAGAUAAAACCAGAGCGACCAGCCAGAAAAAGGCGGUGGACAGGUAGUUGAGUCAGCAUCUCUGCAAUGGUUCCUCUAUGGAAUCAAAGCCAUUUCAUUAAGAGAAGGGUGAAGCUAGUCCUGUGCUCACUGCAGAAUAUUAUUCAUUUCCAGCCCCUUCGAAUCUCCUACACUUGGGACCUAAAAUGAUGUGAAGAUAAAAAUAUUGAGAGGAAGAAAAAGAAGUGCUACUAGUUGUGUUUUAAUUGCAUAUCUGGAUAUGUAACUUUAAACACGUAAGAUGCUGGAUGGAAGUCUUGUGUUCUUGUCUUUUCCUUUUUUUUUGUUUCACUGCAGCAGCUGCUAUGGCUUGUGAGAUUCCUGUUGGUCGGAGGGAAUCUGCAUGUCUUGCUUUCAGCAUCAUCAGACAAGUUAUGCCAACAGACGAGGGGUUAUUUCACGUUUAUAAAGACACUCCAAGCUUGAAGUUGGAGGUUCAAAGUGGAGGACCUAAUGAUUUCAGAUGGGCAUCUUCCAAUAAUUUGGUUUACUACUUUAUGGUGUUUUCUGAGAUAUUUAUAUAUUUUGCCAUCACCCUGAUAACCACAAGUCAAUAUGAAACUAAUCUAAGCUGCCUUGAUAUCUCGGGAGAUCAGAAAUGCGCGAUGCGCUUAUCUGGAUGUUCCAUCUCUCGGAGAGUUUCUUGGGGCUUGGCUCUUCGUCACGUCGCCAUUUCAUCUUUUGAAAGAAGUGAUAUUUACUUGGGGAAGAUGGCCAAGCGGUGUGUGGAAUGCAACAGCAGUGGCCCAGUCACUGGAAUACAAUUAAUCGAUGCUACCUGACAUGAAGUUGAAGGUCUGACUUUUGUAUUUCAUUGUAGAGGGGAUUUAUUUAUACGAGAUGGUAGUCAUAUUAGCCUUGUUGUUCCCUUAUAAUGGCUUGCUGUACCCGAAGCAAGAAAAAAAAAGGUCGGAGAACAGAAGCUUGGAUUAGGUCA